GGUACGCUCCAGCAGAAGAGGCCAGGCCCAGCCCGGGCGGUACAAUAGGGUUGGGCCGCGGCCGGGACUGGGCCGGCGCCGGGCAGGGAGCAGUAUUUCGGCCGGAACCCACAGACACUGGGCGGCCCGCGACCCCGAGCUUCGCAGGCCACCAUCCUCGACUUCCCUGGAGCGUCGGCGCUUCCAAGUCGUUGCCCGCCAGGCGGGCCCGGCGUGAUGCGCCGCGGGACCCCUGUCCUGGCUUUGGGCCGCCGCCGUCGCCGCCGCUGAGACCCCAAGAACCCCAGUGACGCCGCAGCCAUGGAGAGCGGCCCGCAUGCGGAGCCGGGUCCCGGCGCACCCCCAGCUGUGGUAGCCAGAAUCCCCCCAGAGCCAAGACCUUCCCCAGAAGGUGACCCUUCACCCCCACCGCCACCACCACCAAUGUCAGCCCUAGUCCCGGACACCCCCCCGGACACCCCUCCUGCCAUGAAGAAUGCCACUAACCCUAAACAGCUCCCAGUGGAACCAGAGAGUCCUCCAGGGCAGGUGGUGCCUAGGCCAGCCCCCCUGCAGGAAGAAUCCCCUUCCUCGGAAGCAAAAAGCCGGGGACCCACCCCACCAGCCACAGGCCCACGGGAUGCCAGGCCUUCUCGAAGGAGCAGCCAGCCGUCCCCAACUGCAGUGGCAGCCUCUGACAGCCCUCCCACCAAGCAAGAUGUAAAGAAGUCGGGAGAGAGACACAAGCUGGCAAAGGAACGGCGAGAAGAGCGGGCCAAGUAUCUGGCGGCCAAGAAGGCAGUGUGGCUGGAGAAGGAGGAGAAGGCCAAGGCGCUGCGGGAGAAGCAGCUCCAGGAGCGCCGGCGGCGGCUGGAGGAGCAGCGACUUAAAGCUGAGCAACGCAGAGCUGCCCUGGAGGAGCGACAGCGGCAGAAGCUGGAGAAGAACAAGGAGCGCUAUGAAGCAGCCAUCCAGCGGUCAGUGAAGAAGACGUGGGCUGAAAUCCGGCAGCAGCGCUGGUCCUGGGCAGGGGCCCUGCACCACAGCUCCCCAGGACGUAAGACCAGUGGGAGCAGGUGCUCCGUGUCGGCAGUAAACCUGCCCAAACACGUGGACUCUAUAAUCAACAAGCGGCUCUCAAAGUCCUCUGCCACGCUCUGGAACUCCCCCAGUAGAAAUCGCAGCCUGCAGCUCAGCGCAUGGGAGAGCAGCAUUGUGGAUCGUCUGAUGACGCCCACCCUCUCUUUCCUGGCUCGGAGUCGCAGUGCGGUCACAUUGCCCCGCAACGGCCGCGACCAGGGUAGGGGCAGCGGCUCUGGGAGACGCCCCAGGAGGGGCCGGGCAGGGGCCGACCUAGCGCCUGGGCCGCACCCCGACCGCACUCAUACCUCCGCAGCCGUGCCUGUGUGCCCGCGCUCGGCCUCCGCCAGCCCCCUGACACCGCCAUGCAGCGCCCCCCGGAGCGUGCACCGCUGCACCCCGGCUGGGGAGCGCGGGGAGCGGCGCAAGCCCAGCGCUGGGGGCAGCCCCGCUCCGGCUCGCCGCCGGCCAGAGGCCUCUCCGGUGCAGAAAAAAGAGAAGAAGGACAAGGAGAGGGAAAACGAGAAGGAAAAGAAUGCCCUGGCCCGGGAGCGUAGCCUCAAAAAGCGCCAGUCGCUACCUGCUACUGUGCGGCCACGUCUCUCUGCUGGCGCCACCUCAGAGCUCAGCCCCAAGUCCAAGGCCCGGCCAUCCUCUCCUUCCUGGCACAGGCCUGCCUCCCCAUGCCCCAGCCCAGGGCCAGGACACACUCUGCCUCCAAAACCACCGUCCCCCAGAGGCACCACUGCAUCACCCAAGGGUCGGGUUCGGAGGAAGGAGGAGGCAAAGGAGAGCCCCAACACAGCAGGACCCGAGGACAAGAACCAGAGCAAGAGCAGGGCCAGUGAUGAGAAGGAGCCAGCAGCCCCAGCCUCACCAGCACCCUCACCUGUGCCCUCACCCACCCCUGCCCAGCCCCAGAAGGAGCAGCCCAUAGCAGAGAUCCCUGCAGGUACUGCUGUCCUGACCUCACCCCCAACGCCCGCUCCCCCAGUGACCCCUAGCAAACCCAUGGCUGGCACCACAGACCGUGAAGAGGCCACUCGGCUCCUGGCUGAGAAAAGGCGCCAGGCCCGGGAGCAGCGUGAGCGGGAGGAACAAGAACGGAAGCUGCAGGCAGAAAGGGACAAGCGAAUGAGAGAGGAGCAGCUGGCGCGGGAGGCUGAGGCCCGGGCAGAGCAGGAGGCUGAGGCCCAGAGGCGGGAGGAGCAGGAGGCCCGAGAGAAGGCACAGGCGGAGCAGGAGGAGCAAGAGCGGCUGCAAAAGCAGAAAGAGGAGGCUGAAGCCCGGUCACGGGAAGAAGCGGAAAGGCAGCGCCUGGAGAGGGAAAAGCACUUCCAGCGAGAGGAACAGGAGCGGCAGGAGCGCAGAAAGCGUCUGGAGGAGAUAAUGAAGAGGACUCGGAAGUCAGAAGUUGCUGAAACCAAGCAGAAACAGGACAGAAAGGAGGCAAAAGCCAACAAUUCCGACCCAGAUCCUGUGAAGGUUGUGGAAGCUCGACCCUCAGGGCUGCAGAAGGAAGCUGUGCAGAAAGAGGAGCCAGCUUCCCAGGAGCCUCAGUGGAGCCUGCCAAGCAAGGAGCUGCCUGGGUCCCUGGUGAAUGGCUUGCAGCCUCUCCCAGCGCAUCAAGAGAAUGGCUUCUCCCCCAAGGGACCCUCUGGGGACAAGAGUCUGGGCCGAACACCAGAAGCACUCCUGCCCUUUGCAGAGGCAGAAGCCUUCCUCAAGAAAGCUGUGGUACAGCCUCCACAGGUCACAGAAGUCCUUUAAGGGGUUGCGCUGGAUCCAGGCUUGGCUGUGAGGCUUCCUCUGCAUCUUCUGCCACGAUGUCUGGAGGAGAAAGAGACAGAACAAAGAUGGAAGUGGCCUGGGCCCCUGGGGGUGGGUCCGCUGUGUUGUUUUUAAUCUGCACCUUAUAGGCUGAUUGUCUCUUUGGCUGGAGCCAGACCCUGCCCCUCAGUGCAUCUGUGUGCUCACACGCGCAGACACCCCACAUACACACACAUACACUCACAGCCUCUCUGGCCUCCCCGCUGUGGGGAGGGCCACCUGUAGUAUUUGCCUUGGUUUGGUGGGGUACAGUGGAUGUGAAUACUGUAAAUAGCUUGUGCUCAGAUGCCUCUGUGUGGAGGGGGCAGGUGCAGGAGGCAAACCCUCCUUCCAAUGCUCCCUGGGGAGAUCGUCCUCUCUCUAUUUAACUGUAACUGAGGGAAAACCCAGGCCUGGAAAUGGGGGGCACCUUGGGCCACAGGAUACUGGUUGCUUCAGGGGUACCCAUGCCCCCGCCCUCACCUGGAAUCAGUGUUAUUGCAUCUGAUCAAACUUCUCCAGAAAUAAAGUGAGAGUAAUUCUGCCAAACCUGUCUAUCUUUGGAGCUGGCGGUGAGGGUGGGAGCAGGUAGACUCCUGAGUUCUAAGAAAUGAAGGGGUACUUACCCCUACCUGCUGGUACCAGUCCUGGACCCCCUGCCCUAUGGUCUUUCACUCAUUUAUUCAUUCAAUAAAUAUUGUCACAUCUAUUCUGUAUCAGGCAUUGGGCUACAUAACAUUGAUGCAGCAGUAGGAAAAGAUGUGACCUCUGUCCUUGUGUGUUGCACUCUAACAGUAAGCACCAUGGGCACUUGAGGGCCACCUACUUGACAUCACCACUUCCGCAUUCCACACAAUCCUGAUUUGUUCAGACACCCAUCCUCCUCCCAGACCCCACCCUGUGCUUUAGCAGAUCCCAGCUCCAGAGAUCAGUCAAGAUUGUGGUAAGCCAAAAGUGAUGGUCCCAAGUCCCUCAUGAGCUAUUGAUUAGGCAUGAGCAUGUGGCACAAUUCCAGCCAGCAAAUGUGAAGAGAAUUCACCUGAGGACAUCUGGGAAAGACUUUCUCACUUGAAAAAAACCACAAUGUAGAAGCCAUUCCCUAUGAUGAUCUGCCCAAUGUCCCCUGGUAUUCACAUCCUUAUGUGGUACCAUAUCGGGACAGGGUGGGGCCAAGUUACCAGUAGAAUACUGCAGAAGCAAUGGUGUGUCACUCUGAGACUAAGCUAUGAAAGACACUGAAGCCUGUCGUGGUUGUCCUCGGUCUUGGGUCACUCACCCUGGGGAAGGCAGCUGCAGUCUUGAGCAGUGUUGUAGAGAAGCCCACAUAUCAAGACACCGAAGCCUUCUGCCAGCAACCAUGUGAAUAAGCUUGGAAGCAGAUCUUCCAGCCCCAGGCCAGCCUUCAGAUGACAUUCCUGGCCAAUAGCUUGGCUGUCACCUCAUGAGAGACCCUGAGCCAGAACCAGCCAGUUCUAACUCUCGAAACUGUGAGAUAAUAAAUGUUUUAAACUGA